CCAGAGUAACCGCUGCGGUGGCCCCAGCCGGCGCUCCGGACCUCGUCGCGCUUCGCAUCCACCCCUCGCGCCAUACAGCCCGGUAAGGAGGCCGCUUCGGGCCGAACGCCCCGCUCUGCUAGGCGGAUCCACAACCCGGAAAGGCGCGCGGCGUCGCCCGGAGCCAGAUCCUGCUCGAACCCGGCCCUCGGGCUGGCGCCGCGGGCAUGUCGGAGGCGCGGAAGGGGCCGGACGAGGCUGACGAGAGCCAGUGUGACUCCGGCAUAGAGUCUCUGCGUUCUCUGCGCUCCCUACCCGAGCCCACCCCGGCCCCAGCCUCGAGGCCCUCGGACGGCCGCGACACACAGCCCUGGACCAAUCCUCCUGGGACCGACAAGGAGCCACGGGGGAAGGAAGACGCGGAUGGGGAGCGGGCUGACUCCACCUAUGGCUCCUCCUCGCUCACCGAGCCUUUGCCCUUGUUGGGGGUCCCCGAGGCUGAAGACCCGACCCCAGACUCGCCGCUGGCCCCCGCGGGGGCGCUGAGCCCUCAGCAGCUGGAAGCACUCACUUACAUCUCUGAGGACGGAGACACGCUGGUCCAUCUGGCGGUGAUUCAUGAGGCCCCAGCAGUGCUGCUCUGUUGCCUGGCUUUGCUGCCCCAGGAGGUCCUGGACAUUCAGAACAACCUUUACCAGACAGCACUCCAUCUGGCUGUUCAUCUGGACCAGCCAGGUACAGUUCGGGCACUGGUGUUGAAGGGGGCCAGCCGAGUGCUACAGGACCGACAUGGUGACACAGCACUGCAUGUGGCUUGUCAGCGCCAGCAUCUGGCCUGUGCUCGCUGCCUGCUAGAGGGGCAGCCAGAGCCAGGCAGAGAACCAUCUCAUUCCCUGGAUCUCCAGCUGCAAAACUGGCAAGGUCUGGCCUGUCUCCACAUUGCCACCCUACAGAGGAACCAGCCACUUAUAGAACUGCUGCUUCAGAAUGGAGCUGACAUUGACGUGCAGGAGGGCACCAGUGGGAAGACUGCCCUACACCUGGCUGUGGAAACCCAGGAGCGCAGUCUGGUGCAGUUCCUUCUCCAGGCUGGUGCCCGGGUAGAUGCCCGCAUGCUCAAUGGGUGCACACCCCUACACCUGGCAGCCGGCCGUGGCCUCAGAGGCAUCUCAUCCACUCUGUGUGAGGCUGGUGCUGAUUCCCUGCUGCUGAACGUGGAAGAUGAGACACCCCAGGACCUGGCUGAGGAUCCCCUUACUCUCUUGCCCUUUGAUGAUCUGAAGAUCUCCGGGAAGCCACUGCUGUGUACUGACUGAAGCCAGGCAGGGUCUGGAGCUCUGAGGUGGGGGCUCUACCUCCUCCCAUCUGGAAGCUGGAGCCACAGCUGCUGCAGUUUGGGCCCAUGCAAUGUGCCCUUCUGAUGUCCUAGGAUUGUGAGGCCAGAGCCUGGGGCCAGUACAGUCCUGAGCUGAGAGGAGGGGUUGCAAGGAAGACAGAGCCAGUCUGAACAGAAGAGCUUCCCAGGAGGAUUGCCGGAGAUUCUUGGAAGACCCCUCAAAGCCCCAGGUAUCCUGGGGGAAGCCUGUUUGCCUCUGUUGAAAACAGCAGGGGCUCUCUUGUUUCUACCCAUGUUGGAUCAGCCUGAAACUGCCAAGCAGUAGGAAAACAUGGACGCUUCUGAAUGAGAAGGGACUGAUACAGGAGCAGGGCCCUUGAGGGGUCCCACCUAAACACUGAUGUCUAAAGACUUCAUACACAAAGCCCUGAACUUUGGGAAGGGACAUUUCAGUAACAUGACACUAAAAUGGCAAAGACUUAAAAAAUGGUUUCCCUUCUAGGGUUGUGACCUUGGCAGAGAUAGAGGCAGAGAGAAGGAAACUGGCCUCUGAGCAGGGUUGGGCUUCGAUGGGUGGUGUAGUGGGGCAACAAGUUCUCAGGCCUGUUUCUAAGUAGGAUAGAUCCUUAUAAGCCUUUCUGUUGGAAGUGCUGAGGGAUAAAGGGUUAGCAGGGGGAAGAGAAGUGCAGGCCCUGGAGGCUGCCAUCUGGAGGAGGCUGGGCUGGAGAGCUGCAGCUCCACACUUUCCUCCCAUUUCACACAUCAGCAUCAUGCUGGCAUGAAGAACCUGGAGGGAUAAGCCCACAUGGUCUCUGACCCUUACAGCUUCUGGUUUACUCAGCAAGACAGCCAUUAAAAUCAUAAAACAUCCAGAUACGUCAUUACAAGUUGCAAUGGGUACUGUGAAGGAAAAUACUAGUGGGAAGGAGGACAAUGAAAUGGGUGGACCACCAUACUCCAGGGAUACCUCUAACAAGUGUCAUCUUAAUUCAGGACAUAGGAUCAGCAAGGAAUAGGGCGGAGCAUUCGGGGGAGGAAGGCCUUCGGUGAGU